AAACAGGACUGAGAGUGUUUCAUUUGUUUCUUACAAACCCUCGGUCCUCCUCCUUUUUCUUAUCCACCCUCCUCCCCCUGCUCCUCACCUCCUGCCCUCCUCUUGCUUCCUCCUCCUCUCACCUGUUCUCAGACUUACCUCACACUCGGAGCCGCACGCACUCAACCACACUUUCAUUUUGUGACUGAACUUCUCAGCCUUGUGUUUCAUGUCUCAGGCGGUUCUUUUCAGGGUUUAAAAAGCUUUUAAAAUUGGACAGAUUGAAUCUGGAGUGAGAUGUCUGGAGCAGAGGACCGUGAGGAGGCGGACUGUGUGUGUUCAGUUGGGAUGAAGCUCACGUGGGAUAUUAAUGAUCCCAAACUGCCACAGGACAUGAAGCAAUUUGAUCCAUUCCAGGAGUGGACAGAUGGUUAUGUUCGAUAUAUCUACAGCGCUGAAGACAAGAAUGCUCAGAGACAUCUUUCAGGAUGGGCCAUGAGAAACACCAACAAUCAUAACUGCCAAAUCCUAAAGAAGUCAUGUCUGGGUGUGGUCAUCUGUUCCCGAGGCUGCACGCUGCCUGAUGGAUCCAGACUGCAGCUUCGUCCUGCCAUCUGUGACAAGGCUCGCCAGAAACAGCAAAAGAAACUGUGUCCCAGUUGUAAUGGCACUCUGGAGUUGUUGGCGUGUCGUGGACAUAGUGGUUAUCCUGUCACCAACUUUUGGAGAGUUGAUGGAAAAGCCAUUUUCUUCCAGGCUAAAGGUGUCCAUGAUCAUGCCAGACCAGAGUCAAAGUCAGAGACUGAAGCAAGGAGAAGCUCGGUGAAGAGACGACUCAGCUCACCUGCAUUCACACACAAGAGACGCCUCAUGGAGACACAGGCUCUGGGCACCGCAUUCCUUUCCUGUGUGGAGCCACCAGAGAGAAUCUCCUUUGACUCAAACAUCCCUCUCCAGUCACAUUACCCAGCAUUCCAGGGCCCCGAGUCUUACUACAACGCCCACAACACACUAGCAGAGUCCCCAGCUGCACUGCAGAAACCGGCCAAUCCUAGACUGUAUAUGAGCCGACCCAGCUAUGACUUCCCAGGAUACUUAACAUCUCCUUCUUACCCUGUGACCUCUGACCUCUGUGACCACAGGGUGGCUCCAGUCCUGGGCUCCACCUCCUCCACCUCUUCUUUGUCUGCUCCUCUCUCCUCUUCUGCUUCAACCUCCUUUGAGCCACAGGCUAAACCUGUUCCUGGCUGGAAGGAGCUGCUGAAGAACUCUACCUCGUAUGGUGACAACCACCAUUACUAUAGCACAGAAUACCCCUGUCGUUACCCUGGAAACACCCCAGGAUCCCCUGCAGCACUAAAGACCAUCAUCACCACAACAACAAAGGUGUCCUAUCAGCCCUGUCCAAAACCUCCAACAGCACUCCCUUCAUACCAGCCAUGCUCCAAACCUCCAGCUGGUCUCCCAUCUUAUCAGUCCUGUGCUCCUCCAAAACAAUCAGGUCUCUCCAGUUGGUCCCCAUUGCUGGAGGACACUGCCUCAACUUACUCCACUGAGGUCAAAGUGAUGGAGGAGACAGGAGGAGUCAUUAAAUCAGUGUCAUUCCAGCCUGAAUCUCUGCAGACCAAGACAGAGCGAGGUGAUGGCUAUGACUACCGCUAUGCAUAUACUAAUGCCUACCGCUACGACGACUACUAAUCAUUGUUUCCAUGACAACUGAUACCACUGUUACUACAACAACAGUGCAUCCAGAAAGUUUUCACAACACUUCACUUUUUCCACAUUUUGUUAUGUUACAGCCUUUUUCCAAAAUGGAGUAAAUUCCCUCAAAAUUCUACUUACAACACCCCACAAUGACA